AUGGAGUCUCGUCACAGCAGGCUCCCUUCAGCGGGCUUCGAGCAGCUGAAGGGUCGCCCCGAGUUACCGCCCGCCUUGGUAGCCCGCCCAGGCAACACCAUCUACAGCACGGUCCAGCAACAGGACUACUCUGCCAGCGUGUGGCUCAGCAAGAGAGAGAAACUGGAGCACUCUCAGCAGAAAUGCAUUGUGAUCUUUGCCCUGGUGUGCUGUUUUGCUGUCCUGGUCGCUUUGAUAUUCUCAGCAGUGGAUGUGUGGGGAGAGGAUGAGGAUGGCAUCACGGAGGACAACUGUAGCAAGGAGUGCCGGGUAGUGCUGGUGGAGAAUAUUCCAGAGGAUGUCUCCAUUCCCCAGGACAAUUCCAUUCCACUCAGUGUUGGGCUUCAUAGCCUCUUGGACAUGGCCAGGCGAUCUGUGGAGAUUGUGUCACCUCGAUGGUCUCUGAAUUCUUCUGAAAAUGAAUACACCUUUCCCUCUGCCAAACAGGGUCGAUUCUUACUCCAGCGGCUGAUGAAGCUUGAUGGUCAGAGUGUCAGUCUGAAGGUGGCCAGUGGAUUGACAGACUCCUCUGAACUCAAGCUCCUGUCUCGCCAUGGUGCAGAAGUGCAUUACCUAAACAUGACUGCUCUGACCAAGGGACAACUCCAUUCAUCCUUCUGGAUAGUAGACAGGAAACACAUGUACAUUGGCAGUGCUGGUAUGGACUGGAGAUCAUUUUCUACGUUGAAGGAGCUUGGCGUUAUUAUUUAUGAAUGCAGUUGCCUCGUCCUGGACCUUCACAGAAUAUUCAGCCUGUACUGGCAGCUUCAAUAUAAGGACUUUGUGCCAUCCAUCUGGUCCAAGAGGCUGUCUGCACUGUAUACCAAGGAGAGGACUCUUUUGCUCUCACUAAACAGCACCAAGGCCAAUGCCUUCAUAUCUAGCUCUCCAGAUGUCUUCUGUCCUAAAGAUCGGACCAGAGACAUUGAUGCAAUUUUUCGAGUCAUCCAGGAGGCCAAAAAAUUCCUUUACAUAUCCAUAACAGACUAUCUGCCCCUCAUCAACAACAGCCCUCAUCACAGGUAUUGGUCACUCAUAGAUGGGAAACUCAGAGAGGCUCUGAUUCUGAAAAACAUAAAAGUCCGUCUGCUUAUAAGCUGCUGGGAACACACUCACCCAUUGACGUUUAACUUUGUCUGGUCUCUGAAAACCCUAUGUAUGGAGAUGGCUAACUGUUCACUGGAGGCGAAGUUCUUCAGUCCACGGCAGCAAAAUGUAAGGCUUCGUGCAAUUAACCACAACAGAUACAUGGUGACUGAUAAUACUGUGUACAUAGGGAACUUUGACUGGGUGGGGAAUGAGUUUGCAUACAACGCAGGUGCGGGGCUGGUCAUCAGUCAGACCGAAGGUGUGGAAGACAGAAAUUCUACUGUAGUGGACCAACUGAAGGCAGUCUUUGAGAGGGACUGGCAGUCCAACUACAGUAAGCCUUUACAGGCAAACAAGAUCCCCACAUGCAACAAGCAGACGAUUCUCCCUAAAGCAUUGCUCAAAAGCCAGAUGGAAAGCCAUGAGAGAGAGGACAGCCAGAACACUUCACUGUGA